CUGUCAGUCAUAUGUCAUAACAAAACAGCUUUUUGCAGUUUUUCCAUUUCUUCUAUUCCAGUGUGUUUUCCCCUGCAGAAAAUAAGUAUCUCAUGUAAACAGAAUGGUUGUUUGUAAAUUUUUUCAACAAGGCAACUGUCGUUAUGGGCAGAGCUGUAGAUUCGACCAUAUUUACGGUUCUAAAUAUUCUUAUCAUGCCCAACCAGUCAGCCAGCCCGUGCAAACCGGCGUGACAGAUGAACUUUUAAUCAACCAAGUAGAAACCGAUGUCAAAUCCGUUCUGAACGGGGGUCAAUGGAUCCUAUCAUGCUACUCUCCAUUCAAGGAGAAACCCAACUUCCCAGGAAUCCCAGAUCUCUCGCCGGAGGAAGCUAGACUGUUUAUUUAUGAGGCCAAAGCUAACAAUAAUUUGGACCAGGCUGUAUCAUACAUGAAUAACCAGUUUGUAGAAUCACGACGCAAAUAUGAACAGUUAGUGCUUCCAAAUCAAGCAAUAGUAAAAGUACUAAGAAGUCUGUACAGGGGAGAAACUGUGGCUUCUCCAUUUGCAGGUGGCCAAAGUAGUGGAUUCGAAACAAACUCUGCAGCAACAUCUAUAUUUCGAAGUGCUGUGCAGGGUACCUCUGUGUUUGGGCAAAACACAACAAACUCCAGUCCCUCAAUAUUUUCCCAGAAUUCUGUUAACCAAUCAGUUUUCGGACAAACUUCACCAAACACAAAACCAUCAGUUUUUGGUCAAAACACAAACACAGGGUUUGGUCAGAAUUCUGCAUUUGACCAGAACCCUAAUGUUUUUGGAUCACCAACUGCAGAGAGUGCGAAGUCAAUUUUUGCACAAGCAAGCCAGAAUGUUUUUGGCCCAAGUUCACCCAGUAAUGUGUUCGCGCCUUCAAAUGCUGAUCCAGCGAAAUCUAUUUUUGCUCAAGCCAGCCAGUCUGCGUUCAACAUGAAUCAAGCUCAACCCUCUACUAAUGCUGCGAGUAUAUUUAGUGCAGCCUCUCAAUCUGCAUUUGGCAAGUCAAGUGAUCCAUUCAACAGUCAACAGCAACCGGCUUCAUUUGGCAAACCAGCACAGAAUGUAUUUCAAGUCCAGGCGGACGAAAGUAGUGUAUACAGUGAUAUUGAUAUUUUAUCACCAGAAGACAUUGAACCAUUCAAAGCUGAUGAUUUCAAAUUAGGUUUUAUCCCAGAAAUGCCUCCACCUCGUUCACUCUGUUUUUAAUUAUUGCUCUAGAUGAUUUUAAUUAUGUAUACUUUUUUUAUUUUUUAUUAUGUAUACCUAUUUAGUUUUAAACUGUUAACACUUCAGUCACAGUAUGUCUUCAGUGCCAAAUUAUUGUAAAGGUGGCUAGAGUUCAACUUGACUUGAUAAUUAAAAAUAAUUAAUAGUCAUGUAAUAUUUAUUGUAAAAUGUUUUGUUAAUUAGAAUUACAAUGCACAAACCAUUUCUUUUAUUA